AUGCCGCGAGCUCCCGACUACUAUGCUUUGCUUGGGGUUGCCAAAACCGCUACAAGCGAUGAGAUCCGGCGAGCCUACAAACAGCAAGCGCUUCGGCACCACCCGGACAAGAACCCGGACAACGUGGCCGAAGCUACUGCCAAGUUCAAGCUCGUUUCGGAAGCCUACUCCGUGCUGAACGACCCCGCAAAGCGGGCGGCGUAUGAUGGAGGCAGCCUCUCAGGCGAUAGUGGAGCUGAGCCGGCCUUUACAAUGUCCAUGGCCCAGAACCUCUUCAAAGAUGUCUUCGGUGAGGACUUCGCAAACCGGCUUGCCGCUGCUGCCGGCGAUGCGAGUUCCGCUGUCGCCGACACUAUAGACCGCGUCGCCGAAAGCGAGACCUUCAGAAAGGCCAAAAGCGCCACCGUCCUUGGCCUCCACAAGGUCGGGGAGACGGUCGGUUCCGCGCCGGUGGUCCGCAACGCCGUAGCAGCGCACCUGGGUUCGGUCACCGAUCACGCGAACUCCCAGGUUGCGGACAAGGUUCCAGUUGUUCUCUUGCUUCGGGCAACUUUGGCGCUCGCAGACAGACUAUAUGGCCGGGCAGAUAUGCCUGAAACGGACAGGCGAGUCCUGAACGCAUGGAGAGGCGUGGGUUGGUUGGUUGCACUUCCGGUUGGCUGGGUUAGAAAGACAGGCCACGCUGUUGGAUUCAUCUUGUGGGGAGAUGCUACAAUCUCAGGUGCACUUGGCCAAGCUUGCGGGGAUGAGGUUUCUACUGAGUUUCUGGCCGGGAGUUUGUGGGUUCACGGGGAGCAGGCGGCAGCAGAUCGCCGAUACGACAGGGAGGCGGCCAACGAGCUGCUCGGACUGGUCACCUGCUCUCCGACACAGCUUCUUUGGGCCAAGACGGAAUGGCACCGUGCAGUCAGCGAUCUCGCACAGGCGCGGCGGAAGGCAAUGGAGGCAGAGGAGAAAGAGCUGAAUACAAUGAAGGAUGGCGUGUCGUGGCAGGAUGCCGCAGAUGCUGGCGCUUUUUUCGUCAACAGCUUCUUUAGCCGUUCGAGUGCUCCCUCCGGCCAUGUUGUGAAAGCGCAGCGGCGGACCUGCAGGUGA